AGUUUGCAGAGGCUUAAAACGGCGCCGUUCAACCGGCUGAGGGGAAGAAGCGAGAGACUGGUACGGCUGUGUGGUGUGGGUGGUGUAGAAUCUUGAAAUCAUAACUGCAGAUCGAAAAUGGCGUGGAGGCAAAUCAUCAGCAACAGAAUGGGAAUUUCAUGGCAGGCUGGGUUGCCUAGAUUCUUCUCCAAAUCCACUCCUUAUAUAGUGAAGGUUGGAAUACCAGAGUUUCUUAAUGGAAUAGGUAAAGGGGUUGAGACCCAUGUGGCUAAGCUUGAAACUGAGAUAGGAGACUUUCAGAAGCUGCUUGUCACCCGCACUCUCAGGCUUAAGAAACUCGGCAUUCCUUGCAAACAUAGGAAGCUGAUCUUGAGACACACCCACAAGUACAGGCUGGGACUAUGGAGGCCUCGGGCAGAGCCCAUCAAAUCUCAAUCUUCUUAGUAUCAGCACUCAAGACCUUUUAGUAUCACUUUGGCUGCUGCAAAAUUGAUUGCUGAACAUUUUUACAUGAAACCGUUCUGGAGAUUACUGUUUUGGGUUCUUAUGUUUGUAGGCUCUUCAUGUAUCCUCAUUCUGGGGUCUUAUAAUUUAGAUCCAAGGAUUUGCUGCCUAUUUGUCUCAAAUUUACCUUGAACAUAAAGGUUGGUUCACUGGUUCAAUUUCAGUUCUGCAUUCCUGCCAUCCUGUAGCCUAUCUUGUCUCUUUAGCAGUAGCAGAUUACUUUUGCAGAUGUUUACGUAACCAAUCCCUAAAAUGGAGAAUGAAAUGUGCUUAUCUAUUGGGUC